AUGGGAUAUUUCCAUUUCUUAAGAUCCAUUCUAUCUAGAUCGUCAAUAUUUGUGGUUGAGGAUCAUUCUUGGACUCUGAUGAUGAACAUAGUCUUGUUGCAUCAAAACCAAUUUUUUUUUCUUCAAAAAGUCUGUUCAACUAUUUAUCUAUCUCAUUCUGUUAUCUAUCUAUCUAUCUUUGUCUGUUCAUCUAUCUAUCUCAUUCUGUUCAACUAUCUUUCUAUUCAACGUUCUAUCUAUCUCAUUCUCUUAUCUAAGUCUAUUCUCAUCUAUCUAUCUAUCUAUCUAUCUAUCUAUCUAUCUAGACACACAUACACAGAUAAGUACGCUUGCACACCAACAUAUAUGAUGUCUACCUUUCUCUUGUAUCUAUCUAUCAAUCUCUCUCCUAUCUAUCUAUCUAUCUAUCUCAGUCGGUUCAACUUUCUUUCUAUUCAAUGUUCCAUCUAUCUAUCUAUCUAUCUAUCUAUCUAUCUUACUCGCCUUUGUAUCCCUUUGUCUCUCACGAUCUGUUCAUAUCUAUCUAUCUAUUUAUGUUCGCGUCAUUCAUUAUCUAUCUAUCUAUCUAUCUAUCUAUCUAUCUAUCUCAUUCUGUUGCCUAUGUAUCUAUCUGAUUCUCUUGCAUAUCUAUCUAUCUAUCUAUCUGUGGAUCCUACCACAACACUAUCUAUCGAUCUAUCUUAUUCUGUUAUCUAUCUAUCUAUCUCAGUCUGUUCAUAUCUAUCUAUCUAUCUAUCUAUCUAUCUCAGGCUGUUCAUUUUCUGUUUCAGUCUGUUCAUAUCUAUCUAUCUAUCUAUCUAUCUAUCUAUCUCAGUCCACUCACCGCUCCUACUCUUUCUCUCUCUCUAG